AUGCACACAGUCUGCGUGGUUAAGAUGCUACAAAGGGUAAAGGCCCUGGGGCUGUUGCCCCAGUUGUUCUCCCCUAAAUCCGGCCCUGGUCGUAAAGGAAGGUCUCUGACAGAGUAUCUAUUGACUCCAUUAGAGGACCCUCUACUGAUAGCGCAAUCUUCGUGUCUCGAUCGCUCCCGGCCCACUGUGGUCUACACAUUCGGCUACCAGGGCCGAGCCGCCGGGCCGGCAACCACGGCGGUCCUGACCGCUUACCUGGCCAAAAAGAAGAGGAACCUGAUACUUCUGGAUUGGGAGGAAGAGGCCAAAAUGGGUCUUCUAGGCUUGCAGAUCACAUAUGCAACGUCCGCCGCGCCUAAUGCUAAAAGGAUAGGCGAGGCUCUCGGUAGAGCCUUGUUAACUUUAUCGGACGCCGGAAUAGAUCUGAACGAUGUCCAUCUAAUGGGACACUCGUUGGGCGCACACCUUAUGGGCUACACUGGACGGUUCACAAGGGCGAGAGGGAAAGUGGUGGGAAGGAUAACGGGCCUGGAUCCGGCGAAGGCGCUCUUCGAAGGCGCCUUCGCCUUCUUCACGCCGCUGGACCGAACAUGCGCGCGAUUCGUGGACAUCGUCCACACGGACCCCGGCAACUACGGCACCAGCAAGUCCACGGGCACGGUGGACAUUUGGCCCAACUACUACGGGAGGAAGGGGAAACAGCCCGGUUGCCCGAAACAGCCGACGCAGACGUUCAGCCGUGAAGACCUGUGCAGCCACGAUCGCUCCUGGCAGUUCUACGUUGAGGCGAUGCUUUCGGGUACAAACAUCCCCGCUGUAUACUCCGACAGCUACCAAUCAUGGAUAACGGAUUACAAACGAUACAACCAAACUCUGUACAUGGGCGAUUUGAUCAACACGAGGGCCAGAGGCAACUAUUUCUGUUCGACAAACGCCCAGACUCCGUUCGGAAGAGGCACAGAGGGCCUGAGACCGGAUUACCAAAGAGCAAGCAAUACGCCAAAAAUUCUGUCGCGCGUGAUAAAUUCCUUGAGA